AACGGUAGCCGCAUCUCAUAUUUAGCACAAUUCAGCUGGCCAACUGGAAGAGGGCAGUCCAGCUACUGCUGCGCACAAAACCAUUCCGCUAAAAUGAUGAACUAUUGUAGUUCCCAGUACUUUUUCUUUAGUGCAUUUCUGUUAUCCCUGACAUUAAUCAUGUGCAAUGGACAAAUGUUGCUGGGCGUCCAGCAACUAGCCCGUCAGCGGAUGCAGCAGCAAUCGUGGUCGGAUUUGAUUACGAGAGAAUCGGAAGGUGAAAACGUCAUUCCAGCAGGUACUAGCUCAGACAUCAGAGAACAACUCAUCGAACUGCUCGGCAAAUUGAAAACUUCUUUGCUCCCGAUGGCCACUUCGGAUGGAUUCAACAUCAGCCAGCAGUGCAUCGAAGACAGUUUGUUCUACGUCGAAAGUCUCACGCUCAACAGGAGCAACUGGGCUCUGCAAAUGCUGGAGUCAUCCGCUCAGUUUCCCGCCGGAAUAUUCGGAGCUGGCAAUUAUCACGCCGAGGGUUUGUUCGACGAGUGUCUGGCAGUCCGUGCAGAGUCCAACCGAUACAGGGGCCGGUAUUGCACCAUCUUCUUCAAACUGGAACCCGUUACAGGAUCGGAAAUCCUUGCAAACGACCAGCUGAACGAACGAAACGUCACAUCAUCUACAUUUGAAGUUUUCAAUCAGCUGUUGGGGUCGUCGAAUCAUAGUCGAAAUCGAGUGGAGCCUAAACUGUCAGGCUCGGACGCUAUGGCGUUUAUCCUGCCCAGUUUGAGUCUCUGCAUUCCGUCGUCCUGCAGCGCUUCCGAUCUUGGCCAGUCGGUGGCUGAGAUCAUUGGGAAUUACGUCAUCGGGAACCAGUCGAUCGUCACCAUCGCCGAUGAGAAUUAUUGCUACACCGAGGACAAUUCACCUAUUAAAUUCGACGGUCCCGACAUCGCUGUCAUAGUCACGUUGAGUGUCAUUGGAUUGGCGGUUUUGAUGGCCACUUUGCACGAUUCUUGGCGGACGUACCGCGGCGUUGCCGUGACAGGCAACAAGGCCGUGAGUGUCCUGCAUUGCUUCUCGGCUCUGAGCAACGGCCGGAAGAUUUUAUCGCUCAAAUCGUCGAGCUCCGGUUCGGAUAAUUUAUCUUGUCUCCACGGAAUAAGAUUCUUAUCCACCUGCUGGGUGGUCUUGGGACACACUUGGCUUAAAAGUGCCAUAGGGAAUGUUAUGAAUCCCAAUAUGCUGGCGCAGGAUGCUAUGAGCUGGGAGAUGGAAACUAUUGUUAACGCCACAGUAUCGGUCGACACCUUUUUCCUGAUGAGUGGCCUGCUCGUUUCUUAUCUUCUGCUCCGGGAACUGGAUCGCAGCGGAGGCAAAUUCAACGUCGCACUUUUCUACCUCCAUCGAUACUUGAGGUUGACUCCGGUUUACGCCGUGAUUUUGGGUUACAUCGCCACUCUGAUGAUUUACCUUGGCACGGGUCCCAACUGGUACAAUGUCGUCAUGGCAUCCGAUGGAUGUCGAGUUACCUGGUGGAAGCAAUUCCUUUACAUCAACAAUCUCUUUCCAAACGAUAUAAACUCCCAGUGUAUGGGGGAGACUUGGUAUUUAGCAGUCGACAUGCAAUUAUUCCUCGUUGCACCGCUCAUCAUUUACCCGUUGUGGCGAUGGAAAAAGUCCGGAAUCAUUUUAUUAUCCGCAUUCACGCUAGCCACUGUGGCCGCUAAUUUUGCGGUCUAUGCCCUGUACAAUCUCCCACCAUCUCUAAUGGCAACUCGAAUGCAAGAAAUGAUGAAAUUCACCUCAGAUUACAUGGAUAAUUACUACUUUAAACCGUGGACCCGAGCCCCGCCUUACCUGAUCGGCAUCUGGACUGGCUGGUUCCUCCAUCGUGUCAAACAAUCUAAAUUGCGCAUAUCUCCGUGGAUAGUAGCCUUAUUCUGGACGCUGUCAGCUGUCAUCGCCGCUUCCAUCAUUUACGGAUUAACUCCGUACGUGAACGAAGAGCUGGUUCCAACCAUCAACUGGACCGUCAAAAUGACGUAUGGACCCCUUCACAGAACUGCUUGGGCCCUGGUUCUGAGCUGGAUUAUUGUCGCCUGUAUCCAUGGCUACGGAGGAUUUGUUAAUCGAUUCCUGUCUUGGCGAGGUUUCCUGCCGUUGAGUCGAUUGACGUACUGCGUCUACCUCAUCCACUACGACUACCUGAACGUGUUUUAUUCUCUGAGUCGUAAGAUGAUCUAUUACACGUUCCUCGAUCAGUUGACAACGUUUUUCGGCAUCACCGUCACUGUUUUCGGCCUGGCCUUCCUUGUGUCCGUCUGUGUUGAGGCCCCGUUUAUUAAUCUGGAGCGAUGGCUGUUUAUGAUUUCAACCAAGACAACUCAAACAAAACUGCCGGAUGAAACAAAACCCAAAACGAGUGAAGAGGAACUGAAUAACGCCAAUGGUGGCCAAAUCAACGUUGCUUUCAACUCAGAGGAGAGUUCGCUAGAGUCUGACGCACGAUGUGGCACGAAACUGUAAACUAUUAUACUGCGAGUCGAAAAAUA